AUGCAGCACCAUGACAGCCACUCGGAUGACAAUGCUGGAGGACGACAAAGCCAGAACUUCAUCACGAGUGAAGGCAGCACGGUUGGUUAUGCUGAGUAUGGACAUCAAACCGGCUAUCUAGUCAUCUACUUCCACGGCCUUCCCGGCUCACGAUUCGAGGCCGAGUUGUACGCUGCCGAAGCACAGAAACUUGGCCUACGCAUCAUCGCGCCCGACCGGCCAGGAAUAGGCCUCUCCUCGCCAGUGGCAGGUCUGACCUUGCUCGAUUACCCUACUCACAUAUCACAGCUGGUUCACCACGUCGGUGCAGGAGAUACGGAGGAGUUUGGCAUCCUUGCAACGUCAGGAGGUGGUCCAUAUGCGCUGGCGUGUGCGGCACGUCUUCCGCUGCUCCCGGGCCUGCGAUCCGUAGGCGUCGUCGCAGGUCUCGGGCCACGGGACCUCACGAAUACGGGAAUGUCGCUGGUGCAAAGGCUGAGCUUCGCUGCAAUGGAUUGGGUGCCUGCCGGAGUGGUGAGGUGGUUGUGGGAUACCGCAAUCGCCAAUGCCGCCCGCAACCCCGACGAAGCGGUGUUGAAGAAGAAGAUUCAAGGCCCGCUUGCUGCGAUGAAGCGCGAUGCCGGAGUGUCAGACGAUGACCCCGCAGAUGAGAUUAUGGUGGCGUCGAUGAGAGCGGCAUUUGCUCAGGGAAGUAUGGGCUACGUUCAGGAUGCAACCAUCAUCUCCAACCCGUGGGGAUUUCGCUUGUCUGAUAUCACGGGCGUGAGGGUGGAGUUCUGGUAUGGAUCCAAUGACAACAUAGCGCCAGUGGCUACUGGAAGGGCCAUGGCGGCACAACUUCCGGAUUCUGCAUUACACUGCUUCGAAGGGGAGGGCCACGCAGCAGCGACCCUUCUGCACCGGGGAGAUGUCCUUGCGCGGAUUAUUCAAGUAGCGCAGUCGCAUUCCGCAGGGACCAAAUCGAGUGCACCAGCGCAAUGA